AUGGCUUUUGACGUCCAACAACGACAACCACAGCCUCCCGCGACAGGAAACAACGUCAUCAGCCAUGACGUCCCACCCUGGGUGCACUUUGCUGCUGGCGCAUCCGGCGGCCUGAUCAACGCCACCAUCACCUCCCCUCUCGACGUGCUCCGGACGCGCAUGCAGUCCGACCUGUACCCGACACCCUCCUCCCGACCACCGCCGCACACCCCCCUCAUCCUCCGCCCCGUAUACGACACCUUUGCCGCGAUCGGCGCCAUGCGCCGCGCCGAGGGCCUGCGCGGCCUCUUCCGCGGGCUGAUGCCCAGCCUCGCCGGCGUGGUGCCCGCGCAGGCCGUCAAGUUCUACGUCUACGGCAACUGCAAGCGGUUCGGCACGCGGCUGCUCGGACGCGCCGAGGGCGACGUGCUUGUGCACGCGCAGGCGGCCGUGGCGGCGGGCCUGGCGACGGCGACGGCGACGAACCCGAUCUGGCUCAUCAAGACGCGGCUGCAGCUGGAUGACCGGCGGUAUGGGGGCGUGCUGGACUGCGUAAGGCAGGUGCUGAGGCGGGAGGGCGUGGCAGGGAUGUACAAGGGCUUGAGCGCGAGCUACCUAGGUGCGCUGGAGACGGUGGUGCACCUGGUGCUGUAUGAGCGUCUCAAGACGGCGCUUCGCGGGGAGGAGAGCGGCGGCGAGCUGGCUCACUGGGCCGGCACGGCGGGUGCGGCUGGCGGCGCCAAGGUGGUCGCGGUGCUCAUCGCCUAUCCUCACGAGGUAUGCAAAGAGAUUGGCAGAGGAGGAUGUGAUCCGCACACGAUUGCGUCAAGCACCGAUGGGGAGCGUUGGUAG